AUGUGCUUUCAUUUUUUCGGAAAUAUUGUGGACAGAACUAGUGAAGAAAUCUUAGUGGAAAGAUUCCGAACAAAGAUGUUCAGAAGCGGCAUGAAGAAGUGCUAUUUGAAAAGGACCAAGAAACUGAAGCAUGGAGAAAGAAAAGCAGGGUGCUGGAAGAAGAAGAAAGUGGCUGUCAGGCUGCUGAAGCAACACAGAGAGCUGUUACUGAAUGAACUAGAUGUGAACAAGGUGCUUCCAUACCUGUUGUACAAGAAGGUCGUUUCGCUUGGUGAAUAUACAGAGAUACAAGGUCAGAAGUCUGGUAGAAAAAGGGCAGAGAUUUUCUUGGAUCAGAUAGUGGAUAAGGGCCCAGAUGCCUUUUACUCCUUCUGCUCCAUACUGGAGGAAGUGUCUCCUCAUCUGCUCACGUGCUUCCUGCUGGGACAUGAAGCUGGCUCAUGCAGACAAAAUAAGAAGCAGGAACAAAAUCUGCCUUCUAACAGUCAGGAAAAUGCUUUUUCCAAGGAAGAGGGUACGGUGUGCUAUCCACCUUUAUAUACAGAUCCUCUCUUUGAUACACGGAUUUUCCCCAAACACGAAAAAGAUAAAUACGGGCCAGCUGUGUACUACCCUAGAAUUCACGGCUUCAUCCCCACGCCAGAAAUCUCUCUAGUGGCUGAAUCAGAAGGCUCAGUGCAGGGCAAACCGUCACUGCGUAGAAUCAAAGGCCGAAUCCACCGCAGCAAGAGCCUGGACAGUAUCGACCUACUGGACUCCAAUAGUGCGGCAAUGGAGGAGACGGUAAUAUGGGAGCAGCACACAGUAACUCUGCACAGGGCUCCAGGAUUUGGGUUUGGAAUCGCCAUCUCAGGCGGGAGGGACAACCCCCACUUCCAGAGCGGAGAGACGUCCAUCGUCAUCUCUGACGUGCUAAAGGGAGGGCCAGCAGAGGGCCUGUUACAAGAGAAUGACAGGGUGGUGAUGGUCAACUCCGUCUCCAUGGAUAAUGUGGAGCACGCGUAUGCUGUGCAGCAGCUGCGGAAAAGCGGAAAGAAUGCAAAAAUAACCAUCAGGCGAAAGAGGAAGGUUCAGGUCCCGUCAGGGCGUCACGGGGAGAGAGAAACAAUGUCUGAGCACGAUGAAGAUGACGACAGCUAUGAAGAUGAGAUCUAUGAAGUACGUAGUGGGCGGAGUGGGUAUGGUGGGGGCGGGUCUACCGGAAGGCGCAAUACUAGAGGAGAGCGACAGGGUACAAGAAGGGACCGUGACAGAGAGCGUAGCGCCUCCAGAGACAGGAGUCUGUCUCCACGCUCAGAGCGCCAUUCUGUCUCUUCCAACCUGGCUUCCCGUCCUGCCAAGAUCACACUCGUCAAGUCUCGCAAGAAUGAAGAAUAUGGCCUUCGCCUGGCCAGCCACAUCUUUGUAAAGGAUAUCUCUCCCGAGAGCCUCGCUGCCAGGGACGGCAACAUCCAGGAAGGUGACGUGGUGCUGAAGAUAAAUGGCACUGUGACUGAGAACCUCUCCCUGAUAGACGCUAAGAAGUUGAUAGAAAGGUCAAAGGGCAAGUUAAAGAUGGUCGUGCAGAGAGACGAGAGAGCCACGCUGCUCAACAUCCCUGAUCUGGAUGACAGCAUUCCCUCAGCCAAUGCUUCCGAUAGAGAUGAUAUUUCAGAUAUCCACUCAGUAGCGUCUGAUCACUCGAACCGAUCCCAUGACAAGAAAAAGAGCAGUCGCUCACGCUCCCCAGACCGGCGCUCAGAGCCCUCGGACCAUUCCAGACAUUCUCCUCCACAAAUCAGUAACAGAAGUCACAGAAGUCAUGAUGAGGAUCGCAUCUCAAAACCACUCCCUUUGCCUGCUAAAAUGGUGGAGGAGACACAUAAAGCACUGGAACAGACUGGGACCAGAGAGGAGAAACAGCUCCCCCCUCUGCCAGAGCCAAAGCCUGUGUAUGCUCAGCCUGGCCAGCCUGACGUGGAUUUGCCUGUCAGUCCAGCAGAUGCCCCUUUGCCCAGUGUUACCCAUGAUGACAGCAUUCUACGGCCUAGUAUGAAGCUGGUAAAGUUUAAGAAGGGUGAGAGCGUGGGUCUGCGGUUGGCUGGAGGCAAUGAUGUGGGCAUUUUUGUGGCUGGUGUGCUGGAGGACAGUCCUGCUGCUAAAGAAGGUCUAGAGGAGGGAGACCAGAUACUCAGGGUCAAUAAUGUAGACUUUGCAAACAUCAUUCGUGAGGAGGCUGUGCUAUUUCUUCUGGAUCUUCCUAAAGGGGAUGAUGUCACCAUUCUGGCACAGAAAAAGAAAGAUGUGUACCGACGAAUUGUGGAGUCAGAUGUGGGUGACUCGUUUUAUAUCCGGACUCAUUUUGAGUACGAAAAAGAGUCUCCAUAUGGACUGAGCUUUAAUAAGGGUGAGGUGUUCCGAGUAGUAGAUACCCUUUACAACGGCAAAUUGGGUUCCUGGCUUGCCAUUCGAAUUGGCAAAAACCACCAAGAAGUGGAGAGAGGCAUCAUCCCCAACAAGAACAGAGCGGAGCAGCUCUCCAGUGUGCAGUACACACUUCCUAAGACAGCGGGAGGGGACAGAGCAGAUUUCUGGAGGUUCCGUGGCCUGAGGAGCUCUAAGAGGAACCUAAGGAAAAGCAGAGAGGAUCUCUCCGCGCAGCCCGUCCAGACAAAAUUCCCUGCUUAUGAGAGAGUAGUACUUAGAGAAGCUGGUUUCCUGAGACCUGUAGUAGUGUUUGGUCCCAUUGCUGAUGUUGCCAGAGAGAAACUUUCAAGGGAAGAACCAGACAUCUUUGAGCUUGCCAAGAGUGAGCCCAGAGAUGCAGGCACAGACCAGCGCAGUUCUGGAAUCAUCCGUCUCCAUACCAUUAAACAGAUUAUUGAUAGAGAUAAGCAUGCGGUGUUGGACAUCACCCCUAAUGCUGUGGACCGUCUGAACUAUGCCCAGUGGUAUCCCAUUGUGGUAUUUCUGAACCCAGACAGCAAACAGGGAGUGAAGAACAUGAGAACCAGGCUGUGUCCUGAAUCUAGAAAAAGUGCAAGGAAACUGUAUGAGCGUGCCCUCAAACUGAGGAAGAACAACCACCAUCUCUUCACCACCACCAUUAAUUUGAACAACAUGAAUGAUGGGUGGUAUGGAGCUCUGAAGGAGACCAUCCAGCAACAGCAGAACCAGCUUGUCUGGGUUUCUGAGGGCAAGGCCGAUGGAGCUCCAGAGGAUGACUUGGACAUCCAUGAUGACCGCUUGUCCUACCUCUCGGCGCCGGGCAGCGAGUACAGCAUGUACAGCACCGACAGCCGCCACACAUCUGACUAUGAGGACACGGACACUGAGGGAGGUGCUUAUACAGACCAGGAGCUGGAUGAGACCCUGAACGAUGAGGUGGGCUUACCCAGUGAGCCUGCAAUUACCCGCUCCUCAGAGCCUGUGCGAGAGGAUCCACCCGUUAUCCAAGAUGUUCCAGCGUACCCCAAUUACCAGCAUGCUACCCCCCAACCUGAGCCCAUGAACCGUAUCGAGUCUGCUGGAUUUAAGGUUCCUGCUCCUCAACAGCAGGCUGAGGCUGCUGUGGCCCUGCCUUCUUUCCCCCCUGCAGUGGCAUCAGUGCCCCCUGCUGUUGAGCCUGCCACGCCAAUAGCGGGUACGAAAUCCAAGGAGCCAACUGGCACCGCUCAGGCCGACUCUGUUAACCUUCCCACCCCAGAACCCGAGUCCCAGCCCGAUCCUGAGCUCGCUCAGGCCCCAACACACGACCCCCACCAGUCGCUCGUGCCCAGCCCACAUCCAAAGCAGAUGUAUAAGAAGGACCUGUACAGUGUGGAUGAGCCGGUGCGAGUAAAUCACAUGAUGAAGCCCCAGCAGCCACAGUCUUUAGCUCCCCCAUCCUCUCUGUCGUAUAGCCACCAGCCUGUGUAUCAGGACAAACAGCCAUACCGCGAGUACGACCACCCGCCUUACGGCUACGACGGUGGCGGCUACGCACAACCAAAGCCUCACAACUACAAUGCGCACCUGCACUAUGACAACCGCGUGCCUCAUUAUGAUGAACAAUGGCCCCAGUAUGACCAGCAGUCCUCGGCCCAGCCUGCUCCUCCUCCUCCUCCUCCUCCAGCUGGGUCAGGCUACCCUCAGGGCCACCAGCCUCCCACUCUGAGCUAUGAGCCCUGCUCCCCCUACGAGGAUGGCCCCACGCGGGACUAUAGCCCUCCUCAGCCUCGCUACGAUGAGCCGCCUAUGGCUUAUGAUAACCGACCAGUACGACACGGAAAACCAGGUCCUGUUCGUUAUGAGGAACCUCCGCCUCCACCUCCUCCUGUCGUGUAUGAUGCCCGCUCUCCUUAUGAACCUGAGCCACAUGGCUUUCCCAUUAAUAACCCCCGGUCUCCUGACCCUCCCAAGCAGUAUUAUGGAGAUACCUCUCUGAGACCCGCAUCAUAUAAUCCAGGGCUACCAAACCGCGGCUACAAACCAGGGCAACAUGAACCUCUGAAUUCUGACCCCCCAGUUCCUCCUCCUAAACCUGAAGUUGUGCUGUCCCCAGUGGAGCCACUACACACUGCAGCUGCUAAACCGUUGCCUCCUCCACCCAGAGAAGAUCCAGACGAGGAGGAUCCUGCCAUGAAACCCCAGUCUGUUCUUAACAGGGUCAAGAUGUUUGAGAACAAGCGCUCUGUGAGUGUAGACAGAGCCAAGGAAGUUGGGGAUGUGCCAGGUGUCAGGCCCACAGAUUUCCCCAAACCUGUGAUCGCCCCUGGCCCGGUGUCUAAGGCAAAUUCCCUCAACAACCUAGAACAGGAGAAACCUGGGUAUAGGGCUCCUGAGCCACAGAAACCCCAGUCCCGGUUAGGAGAUGAAGUAGUUCGUGCCAACCACUAUGAACCUGAUGAAGAUGAGGAUUACUACAGGAAACAGCUGUCCUACUUUGAUCGCCGUAGCUUUGACAACAAGGCUCCCCCCCAGCCUACAGUUAAUCGCUUCCAUGAUUUGGCUAAACCUGCACAGCCUCAACUAGGAUACCCUUAUAACAGGACUGAGACAGGGGAGAAAGUGAGCCCUGUGGAUAAGAGAUAUGAGCCGGUCCCCCAAGUUAACUCUACACCAACUCCCUAUGGUCAGACAGGCCCUGCUGUCCCACCUACGUCUCUGCCCAAACUCACCAAUGCAGAGGUGAACUCUCUCCCAGAUCCCCACAGUUCACCCAAGGGCAAACCUGAUUUGUCUACUCUACGUCCUCCUACACGUGAUGAACCAGUCCAAGGCAAUUAUCUUCCACAGAAGUCUCCAGUUAAUGGCACUGACGUCCCGCCCAAGACUCUGAGUGUCCCUGCUCCUACCAGUUACAAUCGCUUUGUUCCAAAACCUUACACAAGUACUGCACGGCCGUUUGAGCGCAAGUUUGAGAGCCCUAAAUUCAACCACAACCUUUUGCCCAAUGACACCCAGUCCAAGUCAGUUGUGGUGAACAACAACCCCAAACCUCAUCUCUCACCGCAACCUCUGGACGCAGAUAGUGGUGUGGAUACGUUCACCCGCACUAUGGACAACAGGCCCAAAUAUCAGCACAACAAUGUCAAUGCUGUCCCCAAAGCAAUCCCCGUCAGCCCUAAUGCACUGGAUGAUGAUGAUGACGAUGAAGGACACACGGUGGUUGCCACAGCACGGGGCAUCUUUAACUGUAAUGGCGGAGUAUUGAGUUCAAUUGAGACUGGCGUGAGUAUUAUCAUUCCCCAGGGAGCCAUCCCUGAAAGCGUGGAGCAGGAGAUCUACUUUAAAGUGUGCAGAGACAACAGCAUCCUGCCUCCACUGGACAAGGAGAAAGGUGAAACUCUGCUCAGCCCCCUGGUCAUGUGUGGGCCUCAUGGUCUGAAGUUUCUGAAACCGGUGGAGCUGCGCCUGCCACACUGUGCGUCUAUGACCCCUGAUGGUUGGUCUUUUGCUCUAAAAUCAUCCGACUCCUCGUCGGGUGACCCCAAAUGCUGGCAGAAUAAAUCUCUCCCAGGGGACCCCAAUUACCUGGUGGGCGCCAACUGUGUGUCUGUACUCAUCGACCACUUCUGAAGAGGGCGACAGCUGGUCUGUUACUGAAAGGCGAAGUGUCAGUGGAGAACAUUAUGAAGCCCUUUCCCCCCACCCCCACCCCUUUUCCUUAUCUCCCCUUCUCUGCUUCCCCUCUACAAUGAGGUCAUUCUUUUCUCCUGUUUUGUGGAAAGUUGCAAGACAAGACUUAAUGUGCUUGGAAGACAAGGAGAGCACCGCCUACUGGUGCUGAAUCCCCACAAAACUCCUACUUAUUGUUUUUUGCUUUGGUGCUUGAAGGCUUGCCAAAUAUGAAAUGGAUGGAAUAAGAGCUUAUUUAAAUGAAAUAGAAUGCAUGACCAGUACCACAGACAGACUGAAAGAACCCCAUUUGUCAAAAGUGUUUAAAUAAAAAAUUAGAAGAGACAUGUUUAAAUGAAGGGAAAAAUUGUUUAUAUAUUAAAAAUCUCCAUUUAUGCUCACAAACAAAAAAAAAUUUUUUUUUUUUUUUGUUUGUGAAGUCUGUGGUCAUGCUUUUGUGGGUGUAUGUCAGAACUGCUGUGGAUCUGCAUAAUUCUGAGCCUAUUUUCUGGCGACUUGAAUGAAGGACACUAAAAAUGUUACGAAGAUGUGUUUCUGAAGGAUCCUAACUUUUUCUGCUCAUUAUUGAUGAACUUCCUUCACCGGAUUAUAAUGGGCUCUACAUUUUGAACAGACCUUUUCUAGUGAUGUUUUACCAUAGAUGAACACACUGGCAAAACUCCUGCUGUCUAGAGAUCUAUGCAUGUGCUACGACUCAGGUCCAGACGCCUGCUACUACGUUCAGAACACCAACUUUUCCCAUCUUUACACUGCGAGCAGUGAUGCCUUACCUGCAUAUUAACAUUAUUUUAACAAAACCACAUGCAAAUGUUACGUUUAGGACGAUGAGUGUAAUUAUGAAGGAUAUUUAAAUUAUAUCACCGUUUGAAGCUCAUUAUGUUAGUCGAUUGGAUUUAGCACACCAUUAUUCGAGGCUAAUGAACAGGUAUGCUUUAUUUUACUGCUAUGCAUAUGAAGUCAAAAGCGUACAAAACACUAGGAUAUGUUUAAAUUAUAGCUGUAUAUACUGCUAGCACAUGGCCUUGGUUCGCUGUAAAUGGAACUUUUUGUACAUUUUUGUUAUUUUGUAUUAAAAAAUACUUAAAAUGGGGGGCAAGUAUUUUAAAAAAGUGAAAAGAAAAAAAAAACAAGAAAAAAAAAAACACUACAUUGGUUAUGUUUGUAUUACACUUAUACCCCUGAGCCUUGGAACUAAACUUAGCAGUAAGAAAAAAAAUAAAUAAAAAGUAAAUAAACAAACAAACAAAAAAACUUUUCUACCAUCAUAUACACAAAUCUCUACUCUAUGGCAUUUUUAACAAUAAGAACACAACAUUUUUAUUCUUAUUUACAGAAUAGGAAAGUGCUCGGUUUCAAUAAUUUAAUGACUCUGUACUUAAGCAGAGGCCGCUGUGGUGAGUGGUCCUGUACUUUGUGAUACUGGAUGCUGUAUUGUGUGCCCUGAAAUGUAUUUUUGUACUAGUAAACAAUUUAAUAAGGCACAUCAGUACUCUUUUUCUUUUGAUAUAAACCAGCUUCUACCCAAUCUGAGUUUCUUUUCUUUAUGAGGCUGACAUUUUUCUUUCUUUCUUUCUUGUUUUUUUUUUUUUUGCUGCACAUUUCUAAGUAUACCACUGUAUUAAAUAAUAAAUUCAUUUUUAAAGUAA